CUCGAAACUUAUCCACUCAAAAUUGUCUGGAUACCUAUAUUUCAGAUUACACGGAACUCUACUGCAAGGCUUAACAAUGGCGGCUUUCGAUUCUCUAGGAAUAAGGCUUCAUAAUUACCCUCCUCUUUCCCCUCCCUCUUCUGCUUCUCUCUGCCCCAAAUUCUCAGCUCUCGCCUUCUCUUCCCCAAUUUCUCCCUCCAAUAACCCCACUAACCCUAUCUCUAAUGGAGCGGAAAUUUUUGGAGUGGGUGGUAGCAGCUGUGGCUCUGUAUUGGGUCUUCGUUAUUCUCUUCGCUGCAAACGAACUGGGUUACGUUUUUUUAGGUCAAUUUGUGUUCUGCCCGGAAGUGGAGAAUCUGAAUCCCCUGUUAGCAGCGAUGCCCGGUUGAGUAGAGGCGACGGCGUGCCGUCGGUGACGAGAAUAGAACGGAGCGAAGAAGUGGAAGAAGGACAAGAAGAAGAAGAAGAAGAAGAAGAAGAAGAAGAAGAAGGUAUUCCCUCUGGAAUUGGGAGUUCCACCAUAAUAUCGUCGUGUUUCGUUGGUCUUCUUACGGGCAUCGGUGUCGUGCUCUUCAAUAACGCAGUGCAUGAGAUACGUGGUUUUUUCUGGGAUGGAAUUCCUAAUAGAGGAGCGUCUUGGUUAAGAGAAAUGCCCGUGGAAGACAUAUGGAAACGAGUUAUAUUGGUUCCUGCUUGUGGGGGUUUUCUUGUUAGCUUCUUGAAUCUGCUUAGAGAUGCUACUGAUGUUCAAGUGGACCGACCUGAAAAGGGUGGUUCUUCCGCAAAAUUUGGAGUCCCACUUUCCACAUCUAAUAAAUUCAAGGCUGCAUUGCAACCUUUCCUAAAGGCCAUUGCUGCUUCUAUAACGCUUGGUACUGGUAACUCUUUGGGACCCGAGGGUCCGAGCGUCGACAUUGGUACUUCUGUCGGCAAAGGCAUUUCUUCUGUGUUUGACAAGAAUUCUCAAACAAAGCUUUCUUUGAUAGCUGCAGGAUCAGCAGCUGGAAUCUCAUCUGGGUUUAAUGCUGCAGUUGCUGGCUGUUUCUUUGCUGUCGAGUCAGUUUUAUGGCCAUCUCCUGCAGAUUCAACUCUUUCUCUCACAAACACCACUUCAAUGGUUAUAUUGAGUGCUGUAAUAGCUUCUGUAGUUUCACAAGUUGGUCUUGGAGUUGAACCAGCAUUCAAGGUCCCAGAAUAUGAUUUUCGCUCACCAAGUGAGCUUCCACUGUAUCUGUUGUUGGGUGUCCUCUGUGGCUUGGUUUCAUUGAGCUUUUCUAAAUGCACAUCUUAUAUGCUUGCAACCAUCGACAAAUUUCAUAAGGACUUCGGUGCUCCGAGGGCCUUGUUUCCCGUUCUAGGUGGCUUCACUACUGGACUGAUAGCCUUGGCAUAUCCUGAAAUUCUGUACUGGGGCUUUGAGAACGUCGAUCUUUUGUUGGAAUCUCGGCCAUUUGUGAAAGGACUCUCAGCUGAUUUAUUGGCCCAGCUUGUUGUCAUCAAGAUUUUGGCCACCUCUUUGUGCAGAGCCUCUGGACUAGUGGGAGGGUACUAUGCGCCAUCCCUGUUUAUUGGUGCUGCAACAGGAAUGGCAUACGGGAAAUUCAUUGGCAUUGCAGUUUCUGACGCCAACCCUAUAAUUGACAUCUCCAUUUUCGAAGUGGCAUCACCACAAGCAUAUGGAUUGGUUGGAAUGGCUGCUACUCUUGCAGGGGUUUGUCAGGUGCCUCUUACUGCCGUUUUGUUGCUUUUUGAGUUGACACAGGACUACCGAAUCGUUCUUCCAUUACUUGGAGCCGUGGGGGUGUCGUCGUGGAUAACAUCUGGGCAGAAAAGGAAAAGAACUUCCCAGCAGACAAAGAAACUCCCUCUGGAAAGAAGUCUCGGUACUCGACAAUCUACUGCAUAUGAUAGUAAUGCAAAUGACCAAUCUUCCAAUUAUGCGGAUGAUGGAAAGGCAACUAACCAAAAUGAUCUCUGUGAAAUUGAAAGUUCACUUUGCGCAUACGAUUCUGAUAGUGAUAUUGUAGAGUUGGAAAGGAAAAUAUCUGUGUCCGAAGCCAUGACAACGAGAUACGUUACCGUCUUGAUGGGCACUUUCCUUGUAGAAGCAGUAAAUCUCAUGCUUGCCGAGAAGCAGUCUUGUGCAUUGAUUGUGGAUGAAGAGAACACUUUGAUUGGCAUAUUGGCGCUUGAAGACAUUCAAAAGUUAAGCAAAAAUGCAAAAUCAAGAAGCGAACGGCUAAAGGAGGCAGCAGUUUCUGAGAUUUGCUCACUGGAUGGCGAAAUAUGUCGAGUACCGUGGACGGCUACUCCGAGCAUGGACGUUCUUACAGCUAGAAUGAUCAUGAAGAAGCUUGGUGUGACCCAAGUUCCAGUGGUGAAAGAUCAAAUGGGUUACCUUGUGGGUGUUUUAGAGUGGGAGUAUAUUGAUCUCACUUGCAGAAUUCUUGCAACAAGAGAAUCCCUGGGGUGAGAGUUUUUGACCAUAGAGACCAAAACAGAAGUGGAGCAGAGCAGCGCUUAGGCGCCCACAGUCCAGACUCCAUAGCAGCGCUUAGCUUAGAGAAUGCCCAGUGGGGGGCAGGGGCAGGGACAGGGGCAGGCCAAAUCCUUCAUUCUUUGUGCAGUAACAGUUAUCAUUAUUUAUUGUUCCAUUCCACCAGAGCUCACUGCCCAGCAACAAUACGAGAGUCACAGAUACUGACCGUUGACCGUUUUCUGGUUUUUCUUUUUGAUGUAACAGUGACAGCGUAGAUGGAAUACCAACAAUAUCCACUCCCAAAACCCCAACCCCUUUAUCCUUAAAAUAAAUAAUAAAUUUUUUUAAAAAAGACUCUUUUUCACUCAUUCCUUUCUUCUUCUCCAGGGUCUUGUGUAUUCUAACCCUACUUUAAAUACUAUUUUAGU